UGCUCUUUCAAAACAUCUCAGUGGAACUGCACAGCGAGACCAAAAGACGAAUUAGCCUUCGAUUGGCAAUUUCGGAAAGUCGGAUUUCUGUACCUUCCCCCGGGAAAAUGGCAUCACUAAUCCUCGUGAGUGGGGUGCAGUUGGCAAAACAACAAGCCGGCCUGCUGGGAGUCGUGUGCAUCAGGGCGAACUACAGCACCGAUGCACCGCGUAAGCUAAAGACGACCAAUGUGGCCGCAAUAAAGCGCGGAACCGGGGGUCGGUCCAGCUUUAACGGCAUUGUGGCCACCGUCUUCGGUAGCACCGGCUUCCUGGGUCGCUACGUGUGCAAUAAGUUGGGGAAAAUCGGUUCGCAAGUGAUCAUCCCCUACCGAGCUGAUCACUACGAAGCACUGCGUCUAAAGCUGGUCGGCGAUCUGGGUCAAGUGCUGUUCCAUCCUUACGAUCUGCGUGACGAGGAUGCGAUCCGCAAGGCGGUCAAGUACUCGAACGUUGUCAUCAAUCUGGUUGGGCGCGACUGGGAGACGAAAAACUUUUCCUUCAAAGAUGUACACGUCGACGGAGCCCGCCGGCUGGCACGCAUCGCUCGCGAAGCUGGCGUUGAAAAGUUCGUUCACGUCUCGAGUCUAAACGGAACGCCUACUCCGCAACCAUUCUUCACUAAGGACGGCAGCAAGUUUCUGCAGAGCAAGUACUACGGUGAGCUGGCGGUUCGGGAAGAAUUUCCGGACGCGAUCGUGUUCCGGCCGGCCGAUAUCUAUGGCCAGGAAGACCGUUUUCUACGUUACUAUGCGCACAUCUGGCGCAGACAAUUCCGGGCCAUGCCGCUGUGGUAUAAGGGCGAGCGUACCAUCAAGCAGCCGGUGUUUUGUUCCGAUUUGGCACAGGGUAUCGUUAAUGCAAUCAAGGAUCCGGACAGCCAAGGUCAAACGUAUCAGGCUGUUGGGCCCAGGCGGUACAAACUAUCGGUGCUCCUCGAUUGGUUCCACCAGGUCAUGCGAAAGGACGCCAAGUGGGGCUACUUCCGGUACGAUCUCCGUUACGAUCCGACGUUCCGUAUGAAGGCACUGUUCACGGAGUUCGUAUGCCCGUCGUUCCCGGUUGGUGACGUGCACACGCAGCGAAUUGAGCGUGAGUAUGUUACGGACGUGGUAGAGAAGGGUGUACCGACGCUGGAAGAUUUGGGUGUUAAUCUAACGUACAUGGAGGACCAGGUUCCAUGGGAGCUGAGACCGUACCGCGCUGCUCAGUACUACGAUGCCGAAUUGGAUGAGUUCGAAAAGCCAACACCGCCACAGUUCAUUCAGUGAUUGCGUCAACGUCUCGUAUCGUCUGAAAACUGGAGGCGAAGCGAUCCGUGUGAAACGAGUGGGCCUCUGAACGGGCCAUAAACAUGUGAACGACAAGCGUAUGUAAAAAUUUAUUGCCGUAACUUACAAAAUAAACACGAAAACAAAAACAUUU